AUGGUGAAAACAAAUAUUUGGAAGGUACCAUGGCUACCUUGCCCAUUAAAUGGAUACCUUACUACUAUCAUCUCGGUAGAGCUAAAGGACAAAAGGGUAGUGAAUUUACUAGAUGAAAGUAAGAAAGCGUGGGAUGAAGAUUUAUUGCAGGAUAUCUGUAAUGAGCGAGAUCGAGAGCUGAUAAGGAAAAUUCCAAUACCAAGAAGCAGUAAAGUUGACUCAUGGUUUUUGUUUUGUGAUGACAAAGGAGAAUUCUCAGUCAAAACUUGCUACAGGCUUAUUCGUGGAGAGAGAGAAUGCCUAGAUAAAAUGUUCUGGAAAAAAUUAUGGGGUCUUAAUCUCCCAGGAAAGGUUACAAAUUUUCUAUGGCGAUCAUGUCGAAAGGUGUUGCCUACUGCGGCUGCAUUAAGGGUGAAACAUGUAAAUAUUAGUGCUGUGUGCUCAUGGUGUCAAUCUGGGAUGGAGGAUGAUCGGCGCGUUCUAUUUCAAUGCAAUUUUUCUAGAGAGUUUUGGGAAAAAGUUGGACUUGCAGAUGUAGUAAAAGUAGUGCCAGGUGACACAGUCAUGUCUUUAUUAAAACGGGUGUUUCGGAUUGGUAGAAAAGAGCAGUAUAGCAUGGUGGGUUUACUGUGCUGGAACUUGUGGCACAGACGUAACAACUGGGUUUGGAACAAUGUUAACACUUCAAGCUUUGGAGUUUGUUCCAGGACGAUCAUUUUGGUGGAUGCUGUUAAUGGUAGGAGUGGACAGUCCUAUUUUCACACAAUCGUUGAUGAUUGUAAAGAUAUUCUGAAACACUUUAGUGAAGUGUUAGUAGUUUUUUCUUCUAGGUCUGCGAAUACGGUAGCACAUUUGUUAGCAACAGCUACCUAUUCUAUGUCAGGUCUUCAUGAGUGGUUAGCAACUGCUCAAGAUUUUAUUGCAUGUAAUAUUUCUUCUGAAGAAGCUUCGUAA